UUAAUUCAGAAUAAAACAAAGUGAUAACAUUGACACUCUACAAUAAAGUAUUUACUUUACUUCCAAGCUGUCGAAGUCACUGGAAUGAGGAGCUAGUAACCGGCUAAAUGAGGCCAAUUCAAAAGUUCGUCCUCUUCUCCAAACAUGAAGACGCUGACAAAAAAGCAGGCUCUCCGGUCCGGUGUGACAUGCGGCAAUGUCCCGUGCAGGAACAUGCCCACGCGUCAACUCUCGCGGAGUUUUUGGGAUUUUGCUGGCGCUCUUAUUGGCGGCGAGAGCUCUCGAGGUGGGCGCGUACAGCUGUCAUGAGGUGAGGGCCGCCUUCCAGAUGAGGCAGGUCGGCCCGCUGCACCGCGUCCCGGAGAUACCUGGCACAGAUGUGGAUCUCUUGGUGUGCAAGCAUCAGGGUCCCUCUUGCUGCACCCGCAAAAUGGAAGAAAGCUAUCAGUUCGCAGUGAAGCGAGAAACCCUCCACAACAUUUACGUGUACAGUUAUGAGCUGAAGCAUUUGAUUGCUAGCCACUCGGAUACCUUCCAGGACAUGUUCCAGUACCUACUAUCCUUCUCUCAAGGACACUUGAGUUCUCUGUUGGAAGGGACCUACACUCCACUUUCUCAUCAAGCUUUGCCCCAUGUUAACCAACUAUUUGCCUCACUAUCACUCUACCUCCGUGGAGCCAACGUUUCAGUGGAGGCGACAGUCAACCAAUUUUUUAAUAACCUCUUCCCACUCGUCUACACACGACUUAUCAAUCCAGGCAUUGUCGACAGCACGGCAGUGGACCGAGAAAUGACGGACUGCCUCCGUAUGAUCCGACAGGAUGUUAACCCUUUUGGGCCUCAUCCAAGCGUCAUGGCCCAGGAGCUUUCUGAAGCAAUAAGUGUGGGGCGACAAAUGGGCCUAUUCUUCGAGGAAGGUCUGGAGGUGCUGAAUGCCACCGAACACAUCACCUUGACUAAAGACUGUGUUAAGGGCCUCGUAAAGAUGGUAUACUGCUCCCAUUGUAGAGGCCUGACUCUCAUCAAGCCCUGCGUAGGUUACUGUCUCAAUGUUAUGCGCGGCUGCUUGGCAAGCAUAUCGGAGCUGGACCAGCCUUGGAGGAGAUACACCAACUUAUUGGAGCAGUUAACCCACGCCAUGGUAGGCCACCACAGCCUGGAACUCGCACUUCUAGGAAUGCGUGGCCACGUGAACGAGGCCUUGCUCUAUGCACAGCUCCACGGUCCACUCAUCACAGCCACAGUAGACAAGGUGUGUGGCCUGACGACCAGGGCGCCUACCGGUAUGCAGCCUACCGGACCUGAGGUCACAACCCCCAGCGGGACCUCACCAACUCAGCUUCCUUCUGCUGCCCCAUUCAAACCUCUGCCAGAGCAAUGGCUUGGGCGCGUCGCCCAUUUGAGGAACUCGCCCCCACUGAAACCCUCCAAGAAUAAUAAACAUAGUCUGAGAUCACUCUCUAGGGACUUCCUGAUGUACCUGCAGCGCUACAAGUCCUUUUAUGCAGCGCUGCCGGAGAUGCUGUGUGAAGGGGAGAAUGUGGUGGAUGAUGCCACAUGUUGGAGUGGGGAUGAGGUGGUGGAGAGUUAUGCAGGCAGAGUGGUAGGAAAUGGUCUGCACGCACAGAGACAGAAUCCGGAGGUCAAAGUUCGCACCCCGAAUCCGUCACUCGCUGAAGUCAAGGAGAGGCUUGAAAAUUUCAACCAGGAAACGCAGGAGAAAUUUCCUAAUCUGGGCCAGUUUGAAACCUGGGAGGAGCUAGGCAGUGCGGAGACGGAGGGUAGCACCUCAGAUUGUGAUGAUGAAGAUGGGUGUCAAGCCUCAGGAAACGGCCAAGAUACAACCUUACACACAAAAGACUCCAGUGAAGUUGGAUCCAUUGGGCCUGGAUUGGACGGUCCAAAGCAGAACCCAGCCAAGCCCCCGUCAGUACGAGUGAUAGGGAACUCCCCGCCGAGCAGCUGGUCGGGACUCUGCAGCCUUGCGCUGCCCAUCGCUGCACUUUGCUGGCAAUGGACCCUGUUCUGAUGUGACUCGUCAAUGAGAAACUGACUUUUACAUCCAACACACACAUCAAUUAUUGACUCCUCCUCCGUCAGAGGAAACGAGGACAACUUUACAGGGGAGAUUCUUCUCUGCUAGAACGUCUGUUUCUGGAGCUUGCAAUGUGUGCGUCCGCAAAAGCCGAUCCCAUUCAAACACACGUCUCCAAACGUGCGUACACACACUGACAGUCCUGCACUCUUAAAAGACACACCAUUUAGAAGAGGACUGCGUGAUUGUGACUUUACAAAGCCUAAAUCAUGCCAAUUAUUCUAGUUAGGUUUUUUUUUACCUUUCAUUUUGUCAUCAGAAACCACUGCAUCGUCUCGGUCCACACAGGAGAACUCAUUUGAAAACAUAUUUCCUGUGUGAGGAUUACAGAAUGCAUGCUAGAUUGCAAUAUCUGUUCCAGGCACCUAACCCAGAAAGGCAGAUUUGAUAUCCUCUAACGACUGCGUAUCUCGGCUCAUUUUAGAAUGUAACACGUGUGCAGGUGAACCCCUUGCAUACAUGCAACUAGGUGUUUAUAGUAAGUAAAACUGUAUAUACUGUAGGUGGAACAAUCUGACAGAGUGGAUGAGAGUCAAAGCUCUUAGUGACUAAUGGAGCUUUGUAAACUGUUUAAAUGGAUUGUGCUUAUCUGCUCUGAAGAUACAGGGAUGUGAUUUCUAUGCAAAAGAGAAAACAGCCACUUAAAGAGUGUUGAAAGAAAGCCAGUAUGUCGUUUGAUUUUAUGAAUGUUUAGCGUGCAUCUUGUUUUGUGUGUUAGCUUGUGGAACUGCACAUUAAUGCAUGUACUCAAACAACAGCAGAAUCAGCAUAAAAGAAGAAACCAUUUUAAAAUAUUUGCCCGAAAAUAUCUGACUGAAGUUGAAUCAUUUACAGACCCCUAAAAGUCAGACUGCCAACAUGUUGACUGGUCUUUAGAGCACCUCGUUGUCACAGCAUUUUCCAUAGCUACACACAAAUGCUGGAUUUACACUGCAGUUAAAAUUCCAAUUCUAAUAUUUUAUCUAUUUAUACUUUAUACAUACAGUACAGUGAUCCGUCGCUAUUUCGCGCUUCAAACUUCGUGCCCUCAGUCCAUCGCAGAUUUUUUUUCAAUUAAAAAAAAAAAAAAAAAAAUACAGAUGAGCUGUCCCGAGCCGAUUGCAUAGUCUCCCUCCCUCCCUCUCCCUGCUCUUUGUUGUUCAGGCAAUGCACUGGAGUUGCUUAUUAAAGUUAACGAUGUUUAAUAGACAUCUUCUGUUUGAUCUUGGCACAGAUCCGUGGAAGCCUCAGCAUCAAAGCGUUGCAUGCGUCAAUCAUUGUUUAACUUGUUAAACAGUUGCUGUGGCAACUCAUUGUACGUAAGUGAGGAGAUGGAGCCGAUUUGAGUGGACUCACUCAAUGAAGUAUUUAAUAAAGACUAGCAUUUUUAUACUUGUUUAAAAAUAAUUCGGUGGGACAGUAACAUGUUUAAAACUUAUGAUUAUUACAUUUGAUGUUCUUAAAAACCAUUUAUUAAAAUAUACAUAUGGCGGAAAACAGGUGACUUGAAGUCCCGCUCUGAGACCCCCAAUUUGGCCAAAUUUCAAAAUUGUCCUAUAUGCAUGUGUGAUACAUCAUUGGAAAGGUUAAAAUCUCAAUUUUCUGGGGGAAGAAAUUUUUUGAACAGGAGGGCAUUUUUAAAACUUUUUUUUUUUUUAAAUAGCAAAACCCUAACUUGAGGUGAAAGCGUGAGAGAGCAUAAUUAAAGACGCCAUGAUUUUAACGAGAUAUUAUCGCGUCCUUACUUCUUCACAAUCUAAAAACUCCAUGCAACAUGUAUCACCGAGUGCCAAGACACAGCUGUGAAUGGCCACAGCCGGAUUUUUGGGGGAUUUUUUGGGUGAAACAUGUUAAUAUACGUAACAAAGGUCGCGAUGCAGAAAUCGCAGACAUCAAGGAGAGGUCGAGAUAUUUAUUUUCAUAUAUUUACCCUUUUAAACGUAUUUUUUCCUUUUUUGUGUGUGUGGAUCGAUUAUCAUCUAAAAUAUUGGGGGAAAUGCGACAGCAACAAAAAAAAAAUACGAUUAAGCGUUAGUUAUGAGGUAGAUACUUAUUUGCAGACACUAUUUUUAUCAUUGUGACGUAAUGUGUUUACAAGUUUAAAAUAUGCAAGUGAAUAAUUUUUUUGUCUUUUUGUUCCAACUAAAUAUUACACAUCAAUUAAUGAUUCUAAGCGAAAAAUUACACAUUUCAAAUAAUAAUUUCUUUUUAUGGCUGGGUUGAAACAAAAGCAGUUGCGCAAUGCCUGUAAACGGGGGUCUCCAGGGUAAAACGGAGAAAUUAAAAAUAGUUCGGAGGCUUAAUGCACCAUGAAUCUGCUAUGGCAGUAUGUAGACAUAUUGUUCUAUCAAACACAACAGUUCUUUUGGCUUAAAAUACAGCAGUGUAUUUUAAAGAGGGGUGCAACGGCAGAAACUGCUUUUUCAGCCUCGUCUGUGUUUUCUGCCAUUUACGUUUUCUUUUUUACUUAUUAUACUUUGGGGGAAAAAAGUGAAAAAACAUGUCUUAUAUGUAUCUCUUUCCAGUGCUGAAUCUGAAUAUAUAUAUUGUACCCCCAUUGUACACGCACAUACCCCCCCCACAAAAAAAUUUGGGGGGAUAUGCGUGUGUGUGUGUGGGGGGGGGGCCUACUUCGCGUUUUUUUGACCUAUCACAUCUGGUUCUGGUCCCUAUUAAGCGCGAAAAACGAGGGAUCACUGUCAUGUUACAUUUUGUUUAGUGGGUCUGAGUGAGUAUUUGAAUGCUGCUAAUGUCCACUUCAGUCCCUUGGCCACCAUAUGCAAUAAUUUUGCUUACUUAAUGACUUGAGACAUCCCUAUUGUAAAAUAUUUGGGCUAUGUUGUCGCUGUUGUUUAAAUUUACAGCUGAGGUUUAUUUGCGUCAAAUGGACAUACGUGAUGUUACAUACAUACAGUAGGUGAAUGACAAAUUUUGUUGAUGCCCAGCUCUUAUUGAACAAGAUAUUUUAGAUCUGCGUUUUUACACUGGUUUGCAAAUAUCCGAUAUUUGGAUCCUUUGGACUUCCAUUUGUGCCACUUAAGAAAAAACUAAAUUGUCAUGAAACAUAGUGCAACAACAUAGUGCAGGGGCCGACAACCCGUGACUCUUGAAGCCCUCUAGUGUGGCUCAGUUUUAUAUGAGAGAAAUUGUUGGCAUUUGGCCUUUCAGCCAAAUUCUAACCAAUUGGAUCAUUCAAUGCUUCGUUAUCGAUUCCUCCAAUUUCGUUUCGGUGUCUUUUUUUGAUAUGGUAAGACCUUCAAAUUGGCCAUUUUCAUUUGCCAUGAAAAACUAAUAACCCAUGAAGAAGCCCUAACACUAAGCCUAAACCUAUACCUAAACACCAAAAAACGCCCAACUUUGGUACCCCGCACAGGUCAGGCUCGUGAAUGAAAACUCACCAUUUUGAUUUGUGCAAAUUUUGUUGAGUUUUUAAGCAUGUUCAGAACUUCAAAUUGGCCAUUUUCAUUUGCCCUGAAGAAGCCCUAACCCUAAACCUAAUCCCCAAAUAACGCCGACUUUAGUACCCCGCCCAGGUCAGGCCCGUGCAUGAAAACUCCCCAUUUUGAUAACUUAACAACUCAUAUGUCUCAUAAACAGUCUCACCAACUUUGAGGAGGAUCCAACUAACUGCCUUGGCGCAAUGGACUCAAACGUGCACGCUGGUUUUCAACAAAAAUGGCAUGUUUUUCAACAUUCAAUGCAAAAUACCCGAUUUCCUGUUGGGUUUGGAAUACGGGUGCAACAGACUUUUUUGAAGCAUUUUUGCAAAAGGUAUCAUCUCCCCAAAUUUCAUCGCUCUACGUUGAAAAAACCUAAACGGAGAGGCCUUUUGGAAAAAUUUCCAGGGGGCGCCACUGAGAUAUUUUGUGACAUUUUUUACAACGUUGCAAAAUUAUCGAAAUUUUCGUUAAGCCGCAUGUUUGUCCAAAUUUUGGUGGGUUUUUGAACAUGUUAAGACCUCCAAAUAGGCCAUAUUCAUUUGCUGUGAAAAAAGGAAUAAGCUCCCAGUUUCUUCUUUACUGCGGAAACUGGGUUGAAAUGGUUGCCAACCUCUGGUUUAGUGCAAAUCCAGCAAAUGUUUUGAGCUCUAGUUCCAGAUUGAUUCACAGAACAAACCAUUGUGCAAGCACUUCAUUCUGGGUUCUAUUCUAACAAAAGAAAUGUUUAUCUUUUAAACAUUCAUGAUAACAGUAACGUCUACCAAGCCACGCACCCCAAUGCUUAACGUUCCUCACAAAUCCAUAAGUUUACAAGUAAAAUCCAUAUUUGUCUCCGUGCGGAAGAAACUGAACAAGACUCACGAUCUGCUUGCCUUCUUGUGUAAAUGUUGCCGCUGUUGUUGGAGGGUGAAGCACGUGUGAUGUUCAUGAAUGUAUGAUCAGUGUGGCUAUGCCGAUAUAGUAUUAAAGUUGGCAAUGCCUAAAAGAUGCACAUGUACAUUUAAACUGUUGGUGUUUGAUUUAAAUUUCUGUGACAAUAGGAAUUGAUGGCUGACGAAUGGUAAGAUGAGGUGCGGUCAAUCACGUACAGAGAGCAUUAGAGCUGUACUGAAUGUUCAUUUGGCAGUUGAAAAUGUGUAAAAUCCUGUUCUGUUCAUAAGAGCUUCAUUCUGUCUUCAUCUCCCACAAAUCACACGCUGCCAUAUAUUGCUGCAUGUGUAUAAAUGUACAUAUUUAAGUAACUUGCUUUGUGUCUUAUUUGCAUCUCUUUCAUGAAGUGUUAAUUCAGGACAGGACAUUAAUAUGACCAAACAAAUUGGGUGAACGGUGUUCAUUUCUCACCAAAAUGAACCUAAUUAAUUGAUAGG